AUGGAAACGUCCCGGCUGCCGUAGCCGCAUCCCAAAUUCAUCCUGCUGUCAUAACAAGAGAAAGAGGAUCAUAACUUAUCCUGAAGAAUAAUCCUCUUCGUAUCGACUCCAAGCCGACAGGAUUUUAUUUUAAAAUGUCAGACAAAAGUGAGCUAAAAGCAGAGUUGGAAAGAAAGAAACAGCGCCUGGCACAGAUAAGAGAAGAGAAGAAGAGAAAAGAGGAGGAAAAGAAAAAGAAAGAAUUGGAUGGACAGAAGGAUGGAGCGCCGCCCCCUCAGGAUGACUCUGAUCUGGAGAGGAAGAGGAGAGAGGCAGAGGCUCUUCUGCAGAGCAUGGGCAUAGUGGAUCCCUCAAUGGCACAACCUCUGCGUGAUAUAACAGAGGACACGUGUCUGUUUCAAUAUUUAGUCCCCCCUCCCAUGUCCCCUUCUGCCAAAUCAAUGGACACUCCCAGCGAAACGGGCAGCCAGGACUCUGGAGAUGGCGGCACGGGUCCGAGGACUCUUCAUUGGGAUUCUGACCCUUCUACUCUGCUGCUACAUUCAGACUCUCAGCUCGGACGUGGAGCGCAGAAGUUGGGCAUGUCUAAAGUCACGCAAGUGGAUUUCCCACCCAAAGAGAUGGUGUCAUACUCGAAAGAGACCCAGACCCCUACACAAACGCAGCACAAAGAGGAUGAUGAGGAGGAGGAAGAUCUGGCUGUGCCACAGGCUGCUCUGGAGACUCACGAGGAGAAAGACCCUCAGAAUGAGGAAGAGGAAGGGUCUCCUCAUGAGCUGACAGAAGAAGAGAAACAGCAGAUUCUUCACUCCGAAGAGUUCUUGACCUUCUUCGAUCACAGCUCUCGUAUCGUGGAGCGCGCCCUCUCCGAGCAGGUGGACGUCUUUUUCGACUACAGCGGUCGUGAUCUUCAGGAUAAAGAGGGAGAGUCACAGGCAGGGUCCAAACUCUACCUGAACAGACAGUUUGUGGACGAGCGCUGGUCUAAACACAGAGUCGUCACCUGCCUCGACUGGUCACCACAGUAUCCUGAGCUUCUGGUGGCAUCAUACGGCAGUAAUGAGGAGGCUCCACACGAGCCUGAUGGAGUGGCCCUCGUCUGGAACAUGAAGUAUAAAAAGACCACACCAGAAUAUGUCUUUCACUGCCAGUCUGCAGUGAUGUCGGCAGCGUUUGCACAGUUUCAUCCUAAUCUGGUGGUUGGAGGAACGUACUCGGGUCAGAUCGUCCUGUGGGACAACCGCAGUAACAAACGCACCCCUGUGCAGAGAACCCCAUUGUCAGCCUCCGCUCACACGCACCCAGUGUACUGUGUGAAUAUGGUGGGGACCCAGAACGCUCACAAUCUCAUCAGCAUCUCCACUGAUGGGAAGAUGUGCUCCUGGAGUCUCGACAUGCUGUCUACACCACAGGACAGUCUGGAGCUUAUCUACAAACAGUCUAAAUCGGUGGCCGUGACCUCCAUGUCGUUUCCUCUGGGCGACGUCAAUAAUUUUGUGGUGGGGAGUGAAGACGGAUCGGUUUAUACGGCAUGCAGACACGGCAGCAAAGCAGGAAUCAGUGAGAUGUUCGAAGGUCAUCACGGGCCAAUCACAGGGCUCAAUUGUCACACUGCAGCAGGACCGGUCGACUUUUCUCAUCUGUUUGUCACGUCCUCUUUUGACUGGACCGUCAAGCUUUGGAGUACCAAGAACAAUAAGCCAUUGUACUCCUUCGAGGAUAAUUCGGACUAUGUGUAUGAUGUCAUGUGGUCCCCCACACACCCGGCUUUGUUCGCUUGUGUCGACGGGGUGGGACACUUGGACCUGUGGAACCUAAACAAUGAAACCGAGGUUCCCACGGCCAGCGUGACGGUUGAGGGAAACCCGGCUUUGAACCGCGUGCGCUGGGCUCAUUCGGGUCGAGAGGUCGCUGUUGGGGAUUCAGAGGGGCAGGUGCACAUUUACGAUGUUGGAGAGCAAAUUUCCGUGCCACGGCCAGACGAAUGGACUCGAUUUGUGCGCACACUGACCGAGAUAAACGAGAAUCGAGAGGACGUGGAGGAACUGGCUGCUCAGAGACUGGCUGCAUGAUCACCAUAGCAACCACCGCGGGCUAAUGAAGUUCCCCAUGAUUUGCAUAUCUCCAUCCUUUCUGAAGUUAUUUGUCAUUGGAUGACAAUCUUGAUCUUUCUUCCGUUUCUUAUUUAACACUGAAGGAUAAAACUUUGUUUAGAAAAACUUUUAAGUAAUGAAGUAGUAAACUACAUCAGGAGUGAAUAAUGAUGUUUAUUUCUAUUUAUAAAACUAGAGACUAAUUUUAAGUGAAGGGAUUGAAGCAUAACGCACAAAUAUGCAAACUAUUACACUACCCACGUCUUUAUAACACAAUAAGAGUUUAAGAGACGCAGACUUUAACCUACAGUAACUGGGUUAAUGUUUUUUUGAUGGAAUAUUUUAAUUCUU